CAGACCAAAAUGGGCUCAAAGAUGCUUCGACACAAAAUCCACGGCUUCAGCUUCCCAAGAUGAUGACGAUGAACACAUCUCACCCACAGAACCGGCAAAUGGCUCCUCAUUUUUCUUUCAAGGGUUUCUCACUCUAAAUGAGCUCUACGUCUCGAUUGCAUCUAUUUGAGCUCUCAAGGAGAACUUUUAUUCUGUUCGUUUGUUCUGUAAAUUUGUCUCAGAAUUCACUUAUUCUGAUAUCAUUAUAGAGCACGCCAUCCAUGGAUUUAGGAGCAGAAGCUUCAAUUCUCGGUCGUUCUAGAUUCAUUUAUGGAGGAAAACCUUCAUUUUUUGUUGCCUGUAAUCGUGAACUGAGAAUCUCAACCAAGACUUACCCAAGAAUUCUGCAUUAUCCUCGUUUAAUGACGAUACAUCGCGUCUAUCCUUAUAUUCCCAGAAAUGCCUGCAGGUCAAAAUUACAGGAAGUUGAGGUGAUUAACGGUAACGUCCAUUUGAAAUCCGUGAUCGAAGAAAAAGAGAGUGGGAUGGUGGUAGGUUCGGUUGCGGAUAGCAAGUUCAAAUUUCUGGAGGUUUUGGUCAAGCAUGGAUUGGUGUUGGCCACGAUGGUCGUGAUUGGGUGCCAAAGAGCUUUUGCAAUGGAAGGGGCUGUUGGUGCGGGGUACGGAGUAUUUGGACAGAGUGGAUUGUUGCUUCGAGGCGCGUGGCCUAAAUUAUUGCAGGUUUUAUGUGUCCUCAAAGAGCAAGGUUUGGUUUUGGCUGCGCUUUUGGGUCUCUCUGCAUUCUUCUCCAUGGCAGAGACAGCAAUAACGACGCUAUGGCCUUGGAAGGUGCGUGAGUUGGCUGAAAAAGAGCCUGAAAAUGGUGUCUUCAGAAUGCUUCGUAGUGAUGUUACACGGUUCCUAACAACAAUUCUUAUUGGCACAACUGUGGUCAAUAUUGGAGCAACUGCAUUAGUCACAGAGGCAGCAACAGCAAUUUUUGGUGAAGCUGGUGUCAGUGCAGCAACUGGAGUUAUGACUGUUGCUGUUUUGCUCCUCACGGAAAUUACUCCAAAAAGUAUAGCAGUUCACCAUGCUACAGAGGUUGCUAGGUUUGUGGCCAGGCCAGUGGCAUGGCUUUCCUUGGUACUGUAUCCUGUGGGAAGAGUUGUGACUUUUCUAUCAAUGGGAAUGCUUAAAAUGCUUGGUUUGAAAGGAAGAAGUGAACCAUAUGUCACUGAAGAUGAGUUGAAGUUGAUGCUGCGAGGGGCAGAACUGAGUGGAGCAAUUGAGGAGGAAGAACAGGACAUGAUUGAAAAUGUGCUAGAGAUAAAAGAUACACAUGUAAGGGAGGUAAUGACUCCUUUGGUAGAUAUUGUUGCAAUUGAUGGUAGUGCAACUCUUAUUGAUUUCCACAACUUGUGGGUGACUCAUCAAUAUUCCAGGGUUCCUGUUUUUGAGCAGCGCAUUGACAAUAUUGUGGGUAUUGCAUAUGCAAUGGAUCUACUUGAUUAUGUUCAAAAGGGUGAGCUACUAGAAAGUUCCAAAGUGGGGGAUAUUGCACACAAGCCUGCAUAUUUUGUGCCUGAUUCUAUGUCUGUCUGGAAUCUACUUAGAGAGUUUCGCAUCAGAAAGGUCCACAUGGCUGUUGUUCUUAAUGAAUAUGGUGGAACUGUAGGACUAGUGACUCUGGAAGAUGUUGUUGAAGAAAUUGUUGGCGAAAUUUUUGAUGAGAAUGAUUCAAAGGAGGAGAUUCAGAAAAAAACAGGAUAUAUUGUAAUGCGAGCAGAGGGAAUAUAUGACGUGGAUGCAAAUACUUCUAUUGAUCAUCUUUCAGAAGAUCUAAGUGUCAAAUUGGCAGAGGGUCAUCAGUAUGAAACAGUAUCAGGUUUUAUCUGUGAAGCAUUUGGUUACAUCCCCAGGACAGGUGAGAGUAUCAAAGUGGUACUAGAAACGGCAAACCAAGAGGAAAACGAUAAUGAAGCAGAAAAUGACCGCCAAGAUCAUAAGGAAAAACAUCAGAUUUUUAAACUGGAGAUAUUGGCAGGGAAUGCAAGAAAAGUGAGUGCAGUUCGAUUUGAACGUAUAAACCAUGAUGAUGCAACACUAGAGGUCAACGAAUUUACUCGCUUGGUUCCCAGAAUCAUGAAAAAGAAAUGGAGUGGUGAAGAAGAAUUUGAUAAGAGCCAUUACGAUGACAUUCCAUUCCAGGAGAGACUGGAGGAUGGACUCUCUGAUGGCUAUGUAAUUGCUGAACAUGAAGAUGAUUAUGAUAAUAACAGGAAACAGUGAAGAGAGGUGUCAACGUCUGCAUCAUCAAGAUUGUUUGGUGUAUGUGUCACAGUUCUGGGCCAUAAAUUUUUCAUGAGUGGGGUCUCAACGGCCUGGAAGUCCACAUGGUUUGCCCGCGAGUUGAGUUGGUGAGAGAGAGAACCUUGAAAAGUUGGCCUAGGAGGAUGGAUCAAAUCAGAGUGGAAGAACAGCCUAGUUGUUUCGUGAGGCAUGCUUGGAGCAACCCGUUCAGAUUCUGAAUAGAACCUCAAGAGCUCUCUCUCCUCUCUCAUCUCCUUCACUCUCUGUAACUGUCUGAACCUCUCUUGCAGCAGGGCAAUGGAGGAAUGGGCAACGGUGGAGUCACUACUCUGCCUACCCAUUGGAAAGACAACUCUGUUGUAGUCGGGGAAUCUUGGAACGGGUGGGAGUGAACAACUGAGCAUGCAAGGAACGCGCCUAUAUAUAGGAAAUGGGUAUUGUCUAUUUGCAUUAGUGUAUACGCUUUAAGCUCUCUGAUUGAUUCUCUGGAUUAUCUAAUAAAGAGAGGAGUGAGGAGAAUCGGCAGCACAGUUGCAAAAUCCAAGGAGGUAAGGUUAUGUGGCUAAUCUAAGGAGGCUUGGGUUGGUGGGCUUGAGGGGCAAAAAGACUUUUAGGGUAGAAAAGGGUGGGAGAGAAAAGUCCAAAGGAAGGUGGAGGAUAGUGUUUGGAGGAGUGUCUUUAGGGGAAUAAAAGGUUGGGUGAUGCUUUGUCGGUUUGUCUCAAAGAACCCUUUUGGCUUUGGAGGGAUAUUGUUCUUUUUUUCCCUUGCGCCUUUUUCGUUAUCGUUUUGUUGAGUGAAGAGAGGAGAGGUGAGGAUGCCCAGACAAGACAAGGGUUGGAAGAGGGAAUAAUUUUUGGAGUUGAUGAUUUUUUUUUUUUUUUUCUUUUAAUUGAACCCCAUCAACCCAACCCCAAAAAUGGAAGAGAGAAAACUAAGAACAUGCUGCAGCUACUCUCUACAUGGAAGUAGAGAUAAGGAGAACUCUACCAAAGUCCACUACAAUCCAUCUCUCAUCUCCCCAGACAUUCUGUUGUCUUUGAGUUGUUGGAUGGGUAUGGCAUGGAGGUUAGAAAGCAGUUGAUACUACUGCAGCUGUUGUUGAUAUUGGAGAUGCAUCUAUUUGCAACCCAACACCCCUUCUAUUAGUUUUUCUUUAUAAAGGAGGGGGACGCGUGCGUUUGACAGGCAGGCUCUGACCAUCGCUUGGGAGUAUAUGACUGCCGUUAGAUGCCCGCAACACAUACGUAGUUGAUCUCUUCUAUUCUCAUUUCUCAGCAAGCGUGCCUCUUUGGAUUUGGUCCCUACCAAUCUACCAUACACGACAUCAACUUCGUGCCACUAGUUACAGGUUUAAGUUUCACUGUUUCGGGUGUCGUUAGGGAACUACUCUUCGUGGAUAUCUUACGAGUCAUGACUGAUUUGAAUCAUGACUUCAUGAGAGAUGGUCAUAAUCAAUCCAUCCACCCAACUACAACUAAAUUACUAAACUAUAUAUUGGCGUUAUACGAAAAGCCACUACAGUGGAUUUUCUGUGUCCUACGAUUGUCCACUAAGAAACGUUCCAUGCAUGUCAAACGCAGGUGUCUGCACCAACCCUUCAGAGUUGGACUUUAGUGGAAGAUCUUACUAUUACCAGCUGACAGUCUUCGUCCCUUCUAGUUUUUUUUUUUUUUUUUUUUUUUGUUUUUUGUUUUCUCUUCAAUCUUCAUAUUGAAUAUUUGGAUGACGGAACGAAGCUCAUUGAUGGCCAAUGCAAGUGAAAAGUUAAUUCAGAAAGGUAAUAAUAGACAACAGUAUCAAUCGAAGCUUCCUAAUCUGAGUUCUCUGUUGCUUUGA